AUGUCCAGUCAUGUCCCCACUCCCGGCUCCGCAACCCCCCACCACGCAUCCACCUCGGCCAACCCCGCAGCUGUGACACCGGCGUCCUACCACCCCGCACCGCGCCCAGUCCCCAACACCUUCCCCUUCCACCGCAUCGACACACACCAGAUAAAGCAACAGCUCCACGAUGCGCUGGGCGAAGCUGGCUUGCCGUAUUGGAAGGCGCUCAAUGCGUACCUCCUCGGACAGCUCGGCCGCCACGAACUCGAGGCACUUGUACGAGGCUGGCUCAAGGGCAAGAACAUCCAACUGCACAACCACCUCCUGGCAUCGCUCUUGCACAACGCAUCAGCACCGCAGUACCACAAUGUCCCGCUGUCCCCGCUCAACAUGCACAAGCGGCGCAAGGGGGAGAUGGGUAUCGAGGCUCCCGAUUUUGAUUCCGACGCGACGUUUAUCGAACCCCACCAGCGCGUCCAGUACUGGGUCAUGGGCAUGGGCGGACGAGAACGUGAUCGUGUGCGCCGCGCCAUGGAGCCUGGCGAUGAGGAGAAUGCCGAGGUGGCAGCAGCUCCAGCUCCCGAAGUCGCCGCAGCGCCAGCAGAUGCCGAGUGGGACGCCAAUGGCCGGAAACGGAGUUGGUCUGUCUUCAACUCUGGCACUGCGACACAUGCCCCGCUCGCGCAGUCGUCCCGUACCAUCCCGUCGUCACGUCAACUUGGUGUUCGCAUGUCCCAGGUUGCCAAGAUUGCCGGCCUCGACGUUUCACCCGAGGCCACGCGCGACGUCGGCGAGUUUAUGGGUGUGGGCCUGAACGCGCACCUCGGCGACGUCCUGCAUAGUGUUGUGCACCUCACUGGACGCGACCGCCCAGGUGCCGAGACGAUCCGCGUUCCCCUCGGUGUCAAGACCAACACUGUCAACGGUGCCACGGAGAAACCUCUGCCUCCACCCUCGCUCGCAACGAUGCAGUACCUCUUCACCCUCGCGCCCAGCCUGCACCCCCAGCAGUCCCCGACUCUUUACAAGCUCGAGGGAAGCAUCACGCAGGCCGAGCUCGACAGCUCGACACCGCCAGUAAAGCCGCCCAGCAGCACGCGCCCAGCGCUGCUGCCCUUGGCCAUGACGACUCCUGCCCAGCCGACAGCCGCCCUGCCACCGAUGCCCAUGUCCAUGACCCAACCUGGCGCAUCACCCGUAGCUGGUACGGCAGCGCUGCACGCUCCCGGCGGACAGGCAAUGACGCCGGGAGGGAGCAAGAUGGACUCGAUGUCCCAGACCCUUGUCAACACCGGUUUGCUCAAGAUUGACAAGGCGGGCCACAACGAGGGCGAAGGCGGCGCAGACCGCAAGCGCGAAAAGAAGCACAACUUGCACUGGAAGUACGAGGACCCGGCCUUGAUCCUCAAGGAUCUCCUCGGGUAG